AAAAAAAUAAUCAUUGUUUUACAUAUAAUUAUCUUAAUUAAACGGAAACGUAAUUUGAAGAGCAUGAGAAAACAAAAACAAAUUUCCAAAAUAACCAAUUUAGAAAAUACAAAAAAAUGAGGUGGAUCUUCUUGCUCCACAACAACGCUCAGAAACGCCAUGGCAACUGGUGCGUCUCUUCAUCAAUCCCUCCACCACGUAUUCUCUUACCAUCGCCGCCCUCCACUUGUGUCACCACCUAUAAAUUCUCCGCCACCUUCCUCAUCACUCUAACCAACCCAACCACCCUUCUCUUCUCUUCUCCCUCACCAUGCCUCACUAUUCUCCUCUUGCUUUCUUAUGUUUUGCAGUUUUCAUCCAUGGCUGCCUCUCCCAGACCGACCAAUUUCCCUGGAGUUGGGGCUUCCAAGGCAGUGAAGCUAGGCAACAGCACCGUUUCCACUCUCCCAAACCCUGCCAUCUCGAGAAUCUCAGAGCUCAAGACCCCGUUCGCCGGAUUGAGGCGGAGGGUGGUUUCACUGAAUUAUGGGAGCCCAACAGUGAGGAGCUCCAGUGUGCCGGAGUAAAUAUGGUCCGCCAUACAAUCCGACCCAGAGGUCUGCUUUUACCUGGAUUCACUAAUGCUCCUAAACUUGUUUUCGUCGUCCAAGGUACUGGUAUUCGAGGUGUUGCAAUGCCUGGCUGUCCUGAGACUUACCAAACCGAUUUACGAAGAUCACAAUCGUCUGGAAACUUCAGAGACCAGCACCAGAAGAUCCGCCAGUUCAGAGAGGGAGAUCUCCUCGUCGUCCCUGCCGGAGUUUCUCACUGGAUGUAUAAUCGUGGACAGUCUGAUCUCAUCUUGAUUGUGUUCGUUGAUACACGCAAUGUCGCCAAUCAAAUUGAUCCAUUCGCCAGAGUAAGUUGGGGUAAAAAAAAAAAAAGAACAACAACAACAGAGUGUAACUAUUUAAUUACUGAUUUGAACAAGAACCUCUAAGAUUAUUGGGUGUGUUUG